GGCGGAGUAUGAAUUACCACAGAUACGUCAUCAUCAUCUUUCGAUUUUUGCGCUGCAGCAAGGAAAAAACACAAGAGGGCCUAAAUUUUGUAGGUUUACGACAAAUUUUCAAAACUCUCCUCCCCACUCUAGAAUUUAAAAGAAAAACAAAUGUCGACACACGGUCAGGAUUUGCCACCCGCUGGAGGAUACCCUGAGGUUCGAUACAAGCGUUAUCUUCCCAAGCGCGGUCCUUCGGGUCUCGUCAUUUUAUCCGCCAUCACAGCUCUCUCUGUUUACGGUUUCUACAAAGUCGCACAGGGCAACCUCGAAAGAAGAGAACUCAAGCGCGAGAAAUUGUGGUCCCGCAUUCAUCUCGUUCCCUUGUUGACCGCCGAAUCCGACCGUGAUUUGUACCGUCGAACUCAAGCUGCUCUUGCUCGCGAAUCCGAAAUUAUGAAGGAUGUCAAAGGCUGGAAGGCCGGCGAAUCUGUGUAUAACAACACCAAAUACUAUACUCCUCCCUCUUAUGUCAUUGUCCCCGAGGAGAACUAGACACAAUAGAUUUAAUGUCGAAGAAA